AUGUCUGAGCUGUUCGUCGUACUCAGUACAUGCGAGCCGUGCGCCGUCGAGCGAAGUUUAGCCGCGUGUGUCGCGCGACCGUGCGAGCGACCGACGCGGUUCGACUCACGCAGUCUACUGACUACUGUCCAAGUUCCUACUGAGCGUCCGCUACUCUCUCUCCGCUCUCCGCUCGUCGCUUGUCGCUCAUCGCUGCCCGCUCAGCCACUAGUCUAUUCCGCGCCGCCCCGCGCGCAUACCAACAUCAUUGUUCCAUCCCCUUUUCGCUAA